UGAUCUCUUUAUGAACAUUUUGAAGCAUCAAAGUGGUAGUUGCAUAGCUGUCAAUAGAGGAACAGAAAUCUCUCAGAUUAAAAAUAUCUACAUUUGUGUUACGAAGGUGUACAGGUUUGGAACAACAUGACUGUUGUAGUCUGAGGCCGUUUUGUCCAAUUCCUUUUUAUCUGAGUCCGUUUCGUCUGAUGCCUUUUGGUCUGAGGCUGUUUCGACUGAUGCCUAAUUGUACGAGACCUGACACCUGACGUCAUUUUUCCUGAGACCUGAAGCCUUUCAGUCUGAGGCGCGAUGCCGUUUUGUCCGAUGACUUAAGCCUUUUCGUUGUCUGACUGAGGUGUGAGGAAGUCCUAAAAUGUACACCGUACUCCAGUUAUUGCUCAUGCGCAAUAUGGAAAAAACCGCAUGGGCUCGACAACACAAGGCUCGUGAAUGACACCUGGUGGCUCAAAAUAGCUGACGUCUGUGGAUGUAAGCGCGCGACUCGGGCAGGAGCGAAGUUCACAGCGCUGCUUCGCUGCGCGCUCCCGCGCUGGAGAUCUCCGUGCCGUCUCCGCCUGUUCAGCCCAAACGCGCUUUGUUUCAUGGGACAAACGCCAUAAAAUGGAAAAGAUAUAUAGAAACGUCUAGCUUUUGCAACUCCAAACUCCAGACAAGCAUCUUUUGACAAUCCUCGUUCAUCAUCACCACAAGCAUGGAGACGGUGGUGAUCGUGGCCAUCGGUGUACUCGCCACCAUCUUCUUGGCAUCAUUUGUGGCACUGGUGGUUGUGUGCCGCCAUCGUUACUGCCACCCUCCGGACUUUCUGCACCAGUUUGAUUCUAAGCCCACAGUGGAUUUGAUCGGAGCGAUGGAGACUCAAAGUGAACCAUCAGAGCUGGAGCUGGAUGAUGUUGUCAUCACUAAUCCUCAUAUUGAGGCCAUGCUGGAGAACGAAGACUGGAUCGAAGAUGCCUCUGGUCUUGUGUCUCACUGCAUUGCAAUUCUGAAGAUAUGCCACACUCUCACCGAAAAGCUAGUCGCCAUGACAAUGGGCUCUGGAGCAAAGGUCAAAGCACCAGCCAGCCUGAAUGACAUCAUCACCGUGGCCAAACGCAUCAGCCCAAGGGUGGAUGACGUGGUUCGAUCCAUGUACCCUCCGCUGGACCCCAUUCUUCUGGAUGCCAGGGCCACAGCAUUACUAUUGUCGGUCAGUCACUUGGUACUGGUGACACGAAACGCCUGUCACAUGUCUGGCAGCCUGGACUGGAUUGACCAAUCACUGCAUGCAGCCGAGGAUCACAUGGUCGUGUUGAGAGAGGCGGCUUUAGCAUCUGAACCAGAGAGAGGUUUGCCAGAGAGGGAGCAGUCAAUCUGAAUCACUCACAAGACUUUAUAUGUACACACACUAUUAUGUAUGCACCUGUAAAGAGUAUGUAAUUUAGUGGACAAAACCUCAGCACAUCCGUGCUAUGAAAGAGAAAGGCACCUUAGCUUUCCAAAUAUUGUUUCUUUCUCUAUUUCACUGUAUAUUUCAUUUUAUCUGUUACGUUCCAGUUUAACCUCUGGUGGUCAUACUAUCUGAUAUUUCCUCAUGCUGGAUUCAAAUGUACAGUCAAACCAAAAUUUAUUCAAACUCCUUGAAAAUUUAAUUCAUUAAUACAGUUUAUUCACUAUAGUUUAAAAAAAAUGGUAAUAAAAUAUGACAAGAUCUCAGAGUUAAACUGUGUCAGAAAAAAUUAAUCUUAAUUAUGUCAGAUAACACUUCAGCAAAACAUGGUCAGGUCAAAGUGUCUGAAUAAUUUUUGGUUCCAUUUUGGUUCCAUAAAAUUUUUUUAUCAGUUUCACUGGUAGUCCACUGUAUGAAGAAUUUUUGGGUAUAAUAUGUCACAGUUUACUUUAUUUUGCUAUCCUCAAUUACAUAAAUGAACUAUAGCGUCCUGCACCCACUAGUAAAAAAUAUACCAAAAAAUAUCAAAAACGACUGAAUAAUUUUUGGUUUGACUGUAUAUAGUAGACAAUCAAAAACAUGAAUGUAUAAACCAAAUCAAAUAUGCUAAAUGGUAUUGCUAAGUUUGUAAGCUAAACCUUUAUAUAAACAAAAUAAGGUCUA